AUGUCGCCAUCGCGCACGCUCCCAACCUAUCUCUAUUCCGAAUUGGCAUCCCACAACACCGAAAAAAGCUGCUGGAUUACAAUUGGAACCCGGGUAUUCGAUGUAACAGACUUUGUGGAGAGUCACCCAGGUGGAGGAGAUCUUGUAUUAGAAUACGGAGGCAAAGAUGUCACUGAAAUACUAAAAGACGAAGACUCGCAUACACACUCCGAGGCGGCCUACGAUGUGCUUGAAGAUUCUUUUAUCGGCUUCGUCGCAACCCCAAAAGUCAUCGAUGCUACAGUCAAAAGUUCAAGACCUAGUGAAAUUGUGCCACUGCCAUCUACAUUGGACGGAAUCGUGGAGUUGGAGAAGAAUGGAGCAGCCGACGCUGUCCCAACAUACGCUGCUACAGGCAUGGCUUCUGCCGAGGAUCUCUCCAAAGAGACUGAUCUUGCGACCGAUUACAAGACACACAAAUUCCUCGAUCUGAACAAACCCUUGUUGUUACAAGUGUGGUUUGGAGGCUUCAGUAAGGACUUUUAUUUGGAGCAGGUCCAUAGGCCUCGUCACUACAAAGGAGGGGAAUCAGCACCCUUAUUUGGGAAUUUCCUCGAACCUCUUUCAAAGACGCCUUGGUGGGUGAUCCCAGUAGUCUGGCUCCCGCCAGUCACGUAUGGAACAUACAUUGCUCGGGAAGGUUGUUCAAGCGCCCUACAAGAAGCUUCCUAUUGGCUGUUCGGUCUUUUCUUUUGGACCAUUAUAGAAUAUGUCCUUCACAGGUUCCUGUUCCAUCUUGACAAAUGGCUUCCAGAUAACCGUGUCGCUUUGACGGCACAUUUCUUACUUCACGGAAUCCACCACUACUUACCGAUGGACAAGCUGAGACUCGUCAUGCCUCCAACACUCUUCCUUGUUCUUGCGAUUCCUUUCUGGAGAUUCGCACAUACUGUCAUAUUCUGGAAUUGGCAUAUGGCUACGGCCGCCUUCUGUGGUGGUAUCUUCGGCUAUAUUUGCUACGACUUGACUCACUACUUUCUUCACCAUCGUAACUUGCCAUCUUAUUGGAGAGAAUUGAAGAAAUAUCACCUUCAACAUCACUUCAUGGAUUACGAGAACGGAUUUGGUGUGACGAGUCGAUUCUGGGACAGAAUCUUUGGCACGGAAUUAGCACCACCACCAACGAAAUCGAGAUGA